AGCAACAGCGGUAGUUUCAGCAGCAGCAUUAGCAACAGGGACAGCCCUGUCCCACCCACUCCCAUCGACAUCCUCAACAGCAGCAAAAACAGCAACUGUAACGACAGCAGUAACAGCAUCAGCAGCAUUAGCCACAGCAGCAACUCUAAUAAGAUCAUCAUCAUCAUCAUCGUCAUCAUCAUCAUCGUCAUCAUCAUCAUCAUCAUCAUUGGUAUGACUAACAAGGGCAUCAACAUGAAAGCAGGAACACCAGCAGCAUCAGCAGCAGCAAUGAAUACAAUAAGAUCAUCGUCAUCAUCGUCAUCAUCGUCAUCAUCAUCAUCAUCAUCAUCAGCAGCAGCAGCAGCAGCAGCAGCAGUAUUAGCGAUAACACAGCAGCGACAGCGGCAAUAAUAACAGUAACAACAGCAGCAGCAGCAGUAGUUCCGAAUCGGUAUAUCAGUUCAUACAUUCAGCCGUUCAAUAAUACUUGACGGGGAAAGUUCCUCACAAGAAAGGAAAAGUAGCAAAAAGAACAAACAAACAAACAAAAAAAAAACAACAAAACUAAUAAUAAUAAUAAUAAUAGUUACAGCAACAACGACAAUAGCAAAGUGAACAAACACAACGAAACAAGAACACAAUAAAAGAAACAAACAAACAUAUAUAUAAAGUGCAAAUCUUUUUUUUUUUUGUUUUUUUGCAACUGACAACAGUUUUUGUUUGUUUUUGGUUUUUUGUUUUCUGCGGUGAGUCACAUACGCAUACAGAAGCAUAAGACUGCAGCCAAGGAUGGAUCGUAUAUCCGUGUCUCGCUUCUCGUUCCGACGGAAAGGAAGUUUCCGAAAAGAUAAAGAACGAGAGAAGGAAAAAGAAAAAGAAAACGAAGCGUUGCCAGAGUUUAAUUUCUCUACUCUGUCUUAUGUCAGUCAGGAAGAGGCCAUUAAAAUAGAAGAUGAGCUGCUAACAGAAUAUGCUUUCAAUGUUCCACAACUAUUAGAGUUGGCAGGAUAUAGCUGUGCUGUGGCCAUUACACAGGUGUAUCCUUUAGAUAAAAUGAGCAGAGAUAAUGGUGCCAUACUCGUCUGCUGUGGCCCAGACAGCAAUGGAGGACACGGACUUGUCUGUGCACGACACCUUAAACAUUUUGGGUACAAACCAUCCAUUUUCUACCCUAAAACUUCAAAUCAACAAAUCUUUGAAAACCUGAGACUGCAAUGUGAGAGAAUGGAUAUGCCAUUCCUCUCAUUCUUUCCCAGUGAACCACAUCUGAUAGACUCAGCUUACAAUCUUGUGGUUGAUGCUAUCUAUGGUAGUUGUCACAAAGAACCAAUCACUGGAGACUUUGCUUCUGUACUAGAGACACUGAAAAAAAUUGAAAAUCCUCUCGUAAGUUUGGACAUUCCUUCAGGUUGGGACAUUGAAAACGGCUGCCCGGAUGGACUACAGCCAUCAAUGUUAAUUUCCUUGACCUGCCCGAAGUUAUGUGCCCGUCACUUCCAAGGCCAGCAUCACUACCUGGGAGGUCGGUACAUACCACGUACCCUGGAACUCCGGUACGAGCUAAACCUACCCCAAUAUGCCGGCAUUGAUUGUACGGUGGAGCUGAAGACACAGCACCAGUCAUCUACCCACAAUACUAGCGCAACUACUACCACUACUACUUCUUCUUCUACUACCACCACUACUAAUACUACUAAUACCAAUACUACAGCUUCCUCAGCCUCAUAGAAGCACGUCCAUCCUUUUAUUUUCUAUUUAUAUAUCUGUUUAUCUAUUUUCUUUUCUCUUUCUCUUCUUUCUUUCUAUAUCUCUAUCUCUGCAUCUUUGUUCAUCUGUCUCUCUCUCUCUCUCUCUCUCUCUCUCUCUUUCGUCUCUUUCUCCUCACUCUAUAUCUGCAUAUUUAACUAUCUCUCUCUCUCUCUCUCCCUCUCUCUCUCUCUCUCUCUCUCUCAAUAUUUCUUAAUAUUUUAAAUCUUAUCUACUAAAAUAAAAAAUAAAAAACAUGGAAAUAUAACACUAAUAAUAAUGAUGAUGAUGAUGAUGAUAAUAAUAAUAAUGAUGAACUUGGGUGAUGGUGGGGGCGGAUGAUGGUUACCUAAAUGAUAAUGGUAAUAGUGUUUGUAUCCAGAACAAGAUGAUGAUGAUGAGAAUGAUGAUGGGAAUGAGCAUGAUGAUGAUGAUGAUGACAGCAGUGGCAGCAAUGGUACAGAUAGUGGUGAGGAAGUGGGUGCUCCAGCAUGGUCACAGUCAAACAAGUAAAAGAAUAAAAGAAUAAAAGAAUAUAUAUGUAAACAGUUUACAGGUGAGUGUAUCUGGUAUAAUAAUAAUAAUAAUACUAACAAUACUACUACUAAUAAUAAUAAUGGUAAAUAACAGAUGCCACCACCAGCAUUGAUACCACUACCACCAGCACUGGUACCACCACCACCUCCAUCACCAUGAUAACCGUCAUCAUCAUCAUCAUCAUUCUCAGCAUCAUUGUUGUUGUGAUUAUUGUUGUUGUUCUUGAAUGUGUGUAGCUGGAGUAUACACAGUAAGGGCCUCACACUACCCAGUGAAGCCUGUGGACACAGUUUCAAUUCCCAGCUGAAGAAAGCUAUCCACAACAGAUUAUGUUGUUAAUACCCACCUUGGAAAAGGCAUAAACAAUCCACUCACUAUGUUCAAGACCACAGUAAAUCUACAAAGCCUCAUUGUCUGUCUAUGUAAGUUGCAUUACUAUUGUUUUGAUUAACUAUAGAUUUUUUCUAAAGUA